GAGGCUGCCGGGAAAUACAGGUCUGUGGCCUGGGAGACUCAGCCGCCUACCCCGCUGCUGCCCAGGCAGAGGCUGCCAGGAAAUACAGGUCCGAGGCCUGGGAGACUCAGCCGCCUACCCCGCUGCUGCCCAGGCAGAGGCUGCAGGGAAAUACAGGUCCGUGGCCUGGGAGACUGCGCCGCCUAACCCGCUGCUGCCCAGGCAGAGGCUGCCGGGAAAUACAGGUCCAUGGCCUGGGAGACUCAGCCGCCUACCCCGCUGCUGCCCAGGCAGAGGCUGUGGGGAAAUACAGGUCCGUGGCCUGGGAGACUCAGCCGUCUACCCCGCUGCUGCCCACACAGAGGCUGCCGGGAAAUACAGGUCCGUGCCCUGGGAGACUGCGCCGCCUACCCCGCUGCUGCCCACGCAGAGGCUGCCGGGAAAUACAGAUUCAGCGAGUCCACGUGCAGCUUUUUUACACGAGUAUAUUGCGUGACGCUGAGGUUUGGGCUCAGGUGAAACCCUUCUCCAAAUAGUGAACAUAGCAAUAGAUUGUUUUCGACCCUUGUCUCCC